UAGGGGGUUUAAUUCACACAGUUUGUGUGGUAUGGUCAAGUUGGUGGUCGAUGUUUGCCUCGCUGAGUGAACUUAUACAGAGAAAACAAGUAAACAAUUCAGAUAUCCUGCCGUCUAAAGUUGGAAUGACGGCCGCUGUGGAGUAGUAUCGCCUGAGAGAUCUGGAAGAAAUUCGUUUUGGAUAAAGAUAAGCGGCGGGUUCUGAUUUGAACAGAGGCCAGUAGAGGACCGUCUGUCUGAAGAAGGAUGAUGGAGUUCACGCAACAGCCUCCGCAGCAGAGACCGGCUGGGGACGGAAAGAUCAUCUACCCACUGGGUGUCAAAGAGAUCACUGAUAAAAUCAGCAAUGAUGAAGUCGUCAAACGGCUAAAGCUGGUGGUGAAGACGUAUAUGGACAUGGAUCAGGACUCCGAGGAGGAAAAGCAACAAUAUUUGGCUCUGGCUCUUCACUUGGCUUCUGAGUUCUUUCUGCGAAACCCCAACAAGGAUGUGCGGUUGCUUGUGGCCUGCUGUCUCGCUGACAUCUUUAGGAUCUACGCCCCAGAGGCUCCGUACACUUCACAUGAUAAACUCAAGGAAAUAUUUCUCUUUAUUACACGGCAGUUGAAGGGACUAGAGGACACUAAGAGCCCUCAGUUCAACAGAUACUUCUACUUGCUAGAGAACCUGGCAUGGGUGAAGUCCUACAAUAUCUGUUUUGAAUUGGAGGACUGUAAUGAGAUCUUCAUCCAGCUCUUCAAAACCCUCUUUUCUGUCAUCAAUAACAGCCAUAAUCAAAAGGUGCAGAUGCACAUGUUGGACCUAAUGAGCUCCAUCAUAAUGGAGGGAGAUGGAGUGACACAGGAGCUGCUGGAUACAAUCCUCAUCAACCUCAUCCCUGCUCACAAAAACUUGAAUAAGCAGGCAUAUGACCUGGCGAGGACUCUUCUGAAGAGAACCGUUCAGACCAUUGAAACAUGCAUCGCCUCAUUCUUUAAUCAGGUGUUGGUGAUGGGGAAGUCCUCAGUGAGUGAUCUAUCUGAGCACGUGUUUGACCUCAUUCAGGAGCUCUUUGCUAUCGACCCUCUGCUCCUCGUCUCUGUGAUGCCACAACUUGAGUUCAAACUGAAGAGUAAUGAUGGAGAGGAGAGAUUGGCUGUGGUGAAACUGUUGGCUAAACUCUUUGGAGCAAAGGAUUCCGAACUGGCCACUCAGAAUCGCCCACUCUGGCAAUGUUUUCUGGGAAGGUUCAAUGACAUCCAUGUUCCUGUGAGACUGGAAUGCGUGAAGUUUGCUAGCCACUGCCUGAUGAACCACCCAGACCUUGCCAGGGAUCUUACAGAAUAUCUGAAGGUGAGAUCACAUGACCCAGAAGAGGCUAUCAGACAUGAUGUCAUUGUGACCAUCAUCAACGCGGGAAAGAAAGACCUGAAUCUCGUGAAUGAUCAACUAUUGGGUUUCGUCAGAGAGAGGAUGCUGGACAAGAGAUGGCGUGUCCGUAAAGAAGGAAUGAUGGGUUUGGCCCAACUAUAUAAGAAGUACUGUUUGCACCAUGAAGCUGGGAAAGAGACCGCUCUGAAAGUCAGCUGGAUCAAAGACAAACUCCUACACAUCUACUACCAGAACAGCAUAGAUGACAAGUUGCUGGUGGAGAAGAUCUUUGCACAGUACAUGGUUCCUCAUAGUCUGGAUACUGAGGAGAAGAUGAAGUGUCUGUACUACCUUUACGCCUGUCUGGAUACCAAUGCAGUCAAAGCACUAAAUGAAAUGUGGAAGUGUCAGAAUAUGCUGAGGGGCCUGGUUCGAGAACUGUUGGACCUACACAAACUGCCUACUUCUGAAACAAACACCACAGCCAUGUUUGGGAAACUAAUGACUAUAGCUAAGAACCUCCCAGAUGCUGGAAAAGCACAGGACUUCAUGAAGAAGUUUAAUCAAGUUCUGGGUGAAGAUGAGAAACUCCGUCUUCAGCUUGAUCUGCUUAUCAGCCCCACCUGCUCAUGCAAACAAGCUGAACAGUGUGUGAGGGAAAUCACACGGAAGCUGACAUUCCCCAAGCAGCCCACAAACCCGUUUCUGGAGAUGGUGAAAUUCCUACUUGAAAGAAUCGCACCUGUGCACAUUGACUCUGAGGCCAUCAGCGCCCUUGUUAAGCUGUUGAAUAAAUCAAUUGAGGGUACUGCUGAUGAUGAAGAUGAGGGAGUAACCCCUGAUACUGCCAUCCGUGCUGGACUUGAGCUACUCAAGGUUUUAUCAUUUACUCAUCCCACUUCGUUCCACUCGGCUGAGACGUAUGAGUCUUUGCUGCAGUGUCUGAAGAUGGAGGAUGAUAAAGUUGCAGAAGCUGCAAUACAAAUCUUCAGGAACACGGGACAAAAGAUUGAGACAGAACUGCCUCAGAUUCGCUCGACUCUAAUUCCCGUACUGCAUCAGAAGGCAAAAAGAGGCACCCCCCACCAGGCUAAACAGGCAGUCCACUGCAUCCAUGCCAUCUUUCACAACAAAGAGGUCCAAUUAGCUCAGAUAUUUGAGCCAUUGUCUCGCAGUCUGAACGCAGACGUCCCUGAACAGCUGAUCACUCCACUUGUGUCUCUUGGGCACAUCUCCUUGCUGGCCCCCGAUCAGUUUGCAUCACCUAUGAAGUCUAUCGUAGCCAAUUUUAUUGUGAAGGACCUUCUGAUGAAUGACAGAUCUGUUGGAAACAAGAAUGGGCGGCUCUGGACAUCUGAUGAGGAGGUUUCCCCUGAAGUUCUUGCAAAGGUGCAGGCCAUUAAGCUGUUAGUGCGUUGGUUGCUGGGAAUGAAGAAUAAUCUGUCCAAAUCGGCUAACUCUACUCUCAGACUCCUGUCAGCCAUGUUGGUCAGUGAGGGAGACCUCACAGAGCAGAAAAAGAUCAGUAAGUCUGACAUGUCUCGGAUGAGGCUCGCAGCCGGGAGCGCCAUUAUGAAACUGGCUCAGGAGCCCUGCUACCAUGACAUCAUCACUCCAGAACAGUUCCAGCUAUGUGGACUCGUCAUUAAUGAUGAGUGCUAUCAGGUGCGACAGAUUUUUGCUCAGAAGUUGCAUGUUGCUCUGGUGAAGUUAUUAUUGCCACUGGAGUACAUGGCAGUGUUUGCUUUGUGCGCUAAAGACCCAGUGAAAGAGCGACGUGCUCACGCCCGACAGUGCCUGCUCAAGAACAUCAGUGUCCGCAGAGAGUACAUCAAACAGAACCCCAUGGCCCAUGAGAAGCUGCUGUCUCUCCUGCCUGAAUAUGUGGUGCCAUACAUGAUCCAUCUUCUUGCUCAUGAUCCAGACUUCACCAAACCACAGGACCUUGAGCAGCUCAGAGACAUCAAAGAGUGUUUGUGGUUCAUGCUGGAGGUGUUGAUGACAAAGAACGAGAAUAACAGUCACUCAUUCCUGAGGAAGAUGGUGGAGAACAUCAAACAAACAAAAGACGCUCAGGCCCCAGAUGACCCCAAGGCAAACGAGAAACUUUACAUUGUGUGUGAUGUGGCAUUAUUUGUGAUUGCGAACAAGAGCACUUCCUGUCAUCUGGACUCACCAAAAGAUCCUGUGCUGCCUACCAAGUUCUUUACCCCUCCGGAUAAGGACUUUGUCAAUGAUAAGGAAUAUCUGUCAACAGAGGCCAAAACAGUUCUACAGACAGGAAAAAUCCAGCAACCACCGAAGCAGGCAGGUGUGCUGGGAGCAGUGAACAAACCUUUAACGGUAACAGCUCGCCGGCCAUACACUAAAACCACCACCAUUGACACGGGGAGCAUCGCAAGCACCAACUCCCAGCCCAGCUCCCCUGCAACAAAUAAGAGCAGGGAUGUGAGUUCUGAGGUGUCAGAGACGGAAGCAAGGGAAAACGAAGAGAAUCCUGUGAUCACGAAAGCAGGAGGUGUAAAGAAGGAGGAGGCUGCUCAGACCAGCGGGAAGAAGCGUGCUGCUCCUGCAAGUGAUGGCACAGAGAACAGCGUGUCCACCAACCCCUUGGCAGGGUCACAGCCCCCUCCCAACAAACCUCGACGGGGUCGACCCCCUAAAACCCCUGCGGGUGUAGCAACACCGAAUAAAGAGGCUGGAGCUACAAAAGGCGGAGGGGCUGGACGUGGCCGGAAGAGAGCAGCACCUGCUCAGGAUCCCGCAUCCACAGCCUCAUCUGAUCCAAUCAGUGGCAAGACACCAAAACAGCAGAAAGAAGCAGGGCCACAGAGACAGAUUGACCUGCAAAGGUAAAGCGUAGAUUCAUGAAAAUGAGGACGUUCAGACAGUAAAGGAUUGAACGAGCCAACCGAAGAGACGCAUCCACCCACUCAUCAGACGCUCUUCACAAACCUGAACUGUCAUUACCCCACACCUCAGACGAAUGAGGGAUGAAUUCUUUAGAUUCAGAUGUUCAAACUUGUAUGUAGAAACACCUGUUUCUCUUCAUUCAUUUAUUAUCUUUUUUAUUUUCUGUUGAAAUUGUUUCUUGUUGCUCUUUGCCUCUGUCUGGAGCCAUUUUUAAAAACAAAUAUGAAAAGAAAAAUCUGUUUUAAUCUGCUCUGAGGUUGCUUAUUAAACACCUGGAAAGAUUUUUUUACUGUUUCUUCUCCUUGUCCUCUUUUAGUUCUUUAGUUAACCAAAUACUGUCCAAGUCCUAGAGACCAGUCUCCUGCAUUCAGUUAGCUUCACUUUAAGUUUACAAUGCAAGAACUGCCAGUAAAAUUGACUGUAUGAUUAGUUAUACUGCUGUUUAUACUUGGGUGUGAAUGAGCAUGAAUUCCUCAUAUGGUUGUUUAGUUAAUGAGACCUACUAUAUUUAACUCUCAUAAAUACACAAAUUAGUGCCAUCAUUGUCUCCUCUCUCUCCCUCUCUCUUGAUCAGGAAAAAGGGUUUAAUGUGUCAGACCAUUACAAUUUAGAAAUGUUGUUUUAGUAAAAAGUUUAUUUUGUGUUCUUAAAGGAUCAUUAAAAAACAUAUGAUUUUGGUCAGUGAAAAUAGAAAUAUCAAUAGCAAGUUCAGAUGGCUUCAUAUUUUCACAAGAAAAAUCUAUUUUCAUAAUUUGUCUCAUGCCAGUUUAAUACAGUGGUUCACUUUUUUUUUUUUUUUUUUUUUUUGGCACGCUCCACUUUAAAAGAACUUUGUGCCCCCACCCCACAAUCUGAUCAAAAAAACAUUUUCACGUUUUUUAUUGGGGAAAAAAUGCUUUUAAAAGAUUGACUGCUUUUUAUUUCAACUUCAUGUCAUGACAAAAGUUUUAUUAAAAAAUGCAAUGGAAACUGAAUGCAUUCUUUCAGUUUUCUGUUCUGCCGAAUAAUGAAAAGUUAAUUGAAAAAUAUUUCUGAAUGAACUUUGUCACUAGGCUUACAUUGUUCUGUUAUUUUUUGUAUACUUUUUUGUUACAUAAAUACAUAAACAUUUUUAAUUAUGCCUUUAUAUUUUUAGAACAUCAAAAAAAAUUUAAUAACUAAAAGCUGAUACUGCUGCAUGAGCAAUAUUAAUAUAAAGUGGAAAAAAAAAGAAAAAAAAAAGUAUGUGAACCCUUUGGAAUUAGCUGCUUUUCUGCAUUAAUUGGUCAUAAAAUGUGAUAUCAUCAAAGUCACCACUAUAGACAAAAGCAGUGUGUUUAAGCUAACAACACACAAACAAUUAUAAUCUUUCAUGUCUUUAUUGUACACAUCCCGUUAAACAUUCACAGUGCUGCGGAAAAAAGUGAAACCAAGGAUUUAAUAACUGUCCGAUCCUCCUUUGGCAGCAAUAACCUCAACCAAGCAUUUCCGAUAGCUGUGGAUUAGACCUGCACAAUGUUCAGAAGGAAUUUUGGACCAUUCUUCCUUACAUAACUGCUUUAGCUCAGCCAUGUUCUUAGGAUGUCUGGUGUGAACAGCUCCCUUGAGGUCAUUCCACUGCAUCUCUAUUGGGUUAAGGUCUGGGCUCUGACUGGGCCACUCCAAAAGGUGGAUUUUCUUUUUUUGAAGACAUUCUGUAGUGGAUUUACUUUGAUGUUUAGGGUGAUUGUCCUGCUGCAUCAUGAUAUACUUAAAUUCUUUUUUCUCCUCGAUGAUGGCAAACGGUCCAGGCCCCGAAGCAGCAAAGCAGCCCCAAAUCAUGAUACUUCACCGUUGGGAUGAUGUUAUCAUGUUGGUAUAUGGUGCCCUUUUUACACCAUAUGUAGUGCUGCUUGUUCUUCCCAAACAAUUAAACCAUAGUUUCAUCAGUCCACAGAACAUUUUCCCAGUAGUGUUGUGGAGUGUCAAGGUGGACUCUUGGCAAACUUCAGGUGCGCAGCAAUGUUUUUGUUGGAAAACAUUUGUGGUGUUCCAAUUUCAUUUUAUUAAUUGAUGCCAGGUUUGCCAACUGCUGACUUUAGCUGUUUUUGUUGUCCUUAGCCUAGAGAUUUACUUACUUUUUCCAUAGUACUGUUAAUGUUUAAUGUUAUGUGUUCAAUAAAGACAUGAAAGAUUAUUAUUGUGUUGUUAGCUUAUUAAGCACAUUGUGCUGUCUAUAUUUGUGACUUUAAUGAAGAUGAGAUCACAUUUAUGACCAAUUAAUGCAGAAAACCUGCAAAUUCCAAAGGGGCCACAUACUUUUUUUUGUCACUGUAUAAUAGCUCGCCCAAAAAUGAAAAUUUCUGCCAUCAUUUACUCACCCUUGUCAUCGUUCAAAACCAGUUUGAUUUUUAUUUCAUCUGUGAGGAUUGUGACUGUCAAGCCCCAAAAGCACAUAAAAGUUGUGUAUAUCACUCAUGUCAUGUGCUAAAGGAAAUGAAUUCAUUUUAAAUGUGAAAAACUUGAGACACCUACUAAUGUCAGAUAAGGUGGUCAAAUCAAAAUGGGAGCAGAGAAUACAUUCACAUAUUACACAACACGAGUUUUAUUUUUUCACCUUUUUUAAUUCAAAAGAAUGACGGUUUCACAAUAAAUAACCAUGCUUGUAUGGCUCGAGUAGGUUUUUUUUUUUUUCUGUCUGAUUUUGUAAAGGAGCUUAAAAUGACUAAACCCAGAGCCCAUGACCUGCAUUUCUCCUUUGACAGAAAGUGUUGUCCUUUAAUUCACCACUUCGUGCAAUAUUGAACAAGGUGAUCACUACAGGAAGACAGUCUUUUUGUUUUUUGUUUCAUUUUUGUUUUUCCAUACAAAAUAUAAAUCCAGCAAUCGAUGGUGCAUUCUAGAGAUGAACAGUACUUUUCCCAAAAGAAAACUUGGCUGUAUGUACAUGAGAAAAGAGGUAAAUAAGAGGGGUUGCAUUUAAAAAAAAAAAAAGGGGGGGGGGGGGGGGGGGUUGGGGAAUG